AUGACGUCGGCGCAGAGGGAGCCCGUGAUUGGCUGGAGGACUCAAUCACUUCAUGGACCAAGCCCUGUGACAACAUUCGGCCCCAAGGCAUGCAUGCUCCAGAACCCACAUGCAGUAAUGCACAUUCAGGAUCCCGCCAGCCAGAGGCUGACGUGGAACAAACCACCAAAAAGUGUCCUUGUCAUCAAGAAGAUCCGAGAUGCCAGUCUGCUACAGCCUUUCAAAGAGCUCUGCAGGUUCCUCACCGAGGUGAAAAGCAUGAUUGUUUACGUGGAAAAGAAAGUCCUGGAGGACCCAGCCAUUUCAGGCGAUGAAAACUUUGCGGCCGUUACAAAGAAAUUCUGCACUUUCAGAGAAGAUCUCGACGACAUCUCCAACCGUGUAGACUUUAUCAUCUGUCUCGGUGGAGAUGGAACUUUGCUGUACGCAUCUUCGCUUUUCCAGGAGAGCGUUCCACCAGUCAUGUCCUUCCACCUGGGUUCCCUGGGCUUUCUGACCCCAUUCAAAUUUGAAAACUACCAGUCUCAGGUCAACCAAAUUAUUGAAGGUAACGCUGCCAUUGUCUUAAGAAGUCGCUUGAAAGUGCGGGUGCUGAAAGAGAACUGGGAAAAGAAGGCCAGGGUGGACGAAAAGGGGAUCAUUUUGACCAACGGGGACAUUGAAAGUAGCCGCAAAGCCAUGCAGUAUCAGGUACUGAAUGAGGUGGUGGUGGACCGAGGACCCUCCUCCUAUCUCUCUAACGUAGACCUGUUCCUGGAUGGACACCUCAUUACUACAGUGCAGGGAGAUGGUGUGAUAGUCUCCACACCUACAGGCAGCACAGCGUACGCAGUGGCAGCAGGAGCUUCCAUGAUCCAUCCCAACGUCCCGGCCAUCAUGAUCACCCCCAUCUGCCCGCACUCUCUCUCCUUCAGGCCAAUCGUGGUGCCGGCCGGGGUGGAGCUCAAGAUAAUGCUCUCAUGUGAUGCCAGAAACACAGCAUGGGUGUCGUUUGAUGGACGAAAGAGACAAGAGAUCUGCCACGGGGACAGUAUUACCAUCACCACUUCCUGCUUCCCUGUUCCAUCGAUCUGCUUCCGGGACCCGGUUAAUGACUGGUUCGAGAGCCUGGCCCAGUGCUUACACUGGAACGUGAGGAAGAAGCAGAACUACCUCAGCUCAGAGGAUGAGGAAUUCUGAGGCCUUCUUCGGGGUCUCCUUAAAGUCUUGGUUUUAGCUUGACCGUUCUCUGUGCCAUUUUUUUCUUUUUUCUUUUUUCAUCUUUUACAGAUAGAAGGUCUCACCAAACUCCCUUCAAAAAAAUAAAAAAUCUGUUAUAAUAGUUUUCAGUAAAACGAGGUUGCUACAGCCCCUCAUUUCAUCCACAUUCACAGCAACAGUUUUAGUUCCCCCACCCCCUCACGAAGACAGCUUUCUUUUGAUUGGCUGCACUUUGUAAACAGAAGGUUAGGGAUUGUCUGUUCUCACUGACAUCAUAAAUACCCAAAACUAGAAGGAAAAAAAUGGCCGAGCAUUUAGAGCAGUUUGAAGCUCUACCAGUGUACCACUGUGCAUAUAUGAUAGAAAAUAAGGACAAGCAUACAAGGUCCCUUUAAUUAAAAAAACAAACAAAACUAAUACUAAGUCCUACUUUCUAAAAUACUGCUUCAUCAUUCUUGUUUUUUGGUAAACAUUUCAUUCACGACAGUAAAAAGCUAAAUUCCUGUAACUACUGCAAUUGGCUGAAAUGUGGACGCUGCAACAUGCCCUUAAAAUUCAAAAUAUGACUUUAAUAAAUAAAAAAUAAAUGAGUAUUUUUAAAAGCAUUAGUUAAAGAAAAUUAAACCAAAUAAAUAUUUCUUUUCUUUGUGAACUUUGAAGCAUUAAUACAAUUUCCCAAAUGUUCCCACUGGACGUUCGGUGUGUAAAACGAUGGAUUUUUGAAUGGAGUUUGGUUCCACUAUUACUCCAGGAUCUGAAUGCUGUGAAAACCUCUCCUUUCUUGAAGUUAAAACUUCAGCUUGUUAACAAAGUGUUUUGACUAAAAAUGAAAAGGAAACGCAACACUUGAAGUGAUCUUGUGCUGAAACUUAAAAAGGUCAGUUGUGGUUAUCAGAUGGUGGUUAUCAGAUGUGUCGUAGCACUUUUUAAUCAGAUGGCAGGGUAAAAGCUAGCUCUCUCAGUGGGGGUGACGGCAGAGUUGCACCUUCCAGGAAAGAUCCAACUCUGGUAAAAAAAAAAAUAAAAAUGGAUGUAAUGCUAUUAAUGAAAGGCAAAUGUUGUUUUUAGAGUUUUUUAGUUGCAUCUCAUGAAGGAGCAGAUUUAAAGUACAUCUACCUAGCAACAGCAACACAACAUUACAGACUGUGCCUUAAACACUGGUAUCAUUCAUGUAAAGAAAUAAUAUUUUUCAAGGUUUACACCACACUUAAAAAAAAAAAAAA